UGACGAUCGUUCACCUUAUCUCUGGUUGCCACGCCCCUUGUUUAUCAUUCCUCAUUGGUACAUUUGCGGACAGAUACAAAUUUCACCAUGGCCGAACGAGUCGCAGACGAGGAGCUUCGCCCGACAACUACGGAGGGGUACAAGCCGGGUGAGAAGAAGUCAGUAGCCGAGUACGCGCAGCUCGACGCAGAAGACGAGAGCUUGGCUCGCUGGAAGGCCUCGUUGGGCAUUGGUGCCGAUGCCGGGGCUGGGGAUCCUAGCAAGCCAAAGCUUACGUUGCACUCAAUUUCGCUUGAAUCGGCCACUGCACCUGGUGGAAAGGUGACAAUCACGCUCGAUAACCUCAGCAAGGAGGAGCUAGAGAAUCUCAAGAAGAGCCCAAUCACCGUCAAGGAAGGUGUGGAGUACAACGUCGCUAUCUCGUUCUCCGUCGGAGCAGAGGUCCUCUCCGGGCUCAAGUAUCUGCACGUUGUCAAGCGCGCCGGUGUGACUGUCGACAAGCUCGAGGAGAUGAUUGGCUCGUAUGGUCCCCGUCCAGAAGCAUACGUGAAGCGGUUUGCGACCGAGGAGGCGCCCAGCGGCAUGCUCGCUCGCAGCGGCAGCAACACCGUCCGGUCAAGGGUCAUCGACGACGACGGUAACGUCUACGCUGACUGGACCUGGGUUUUCAAAAUUGCCAAAGACUGGUAAUGGUCUCUUAUAUCGACCGCCGUCCGCCGUAAAACCGUCCAUUGUCCCCUUACCCCGAACAGAUAUCGAGCAUCCCAUUUUUUUCUCUCUCAUAUUACAGUCACACAUCGUCAUCGCCAUCGUCUUCCAUUCACACGUCCCCUCUUGUUCCUUACAUUCCUCGUCCUUUCUCCUCAAUCUCAAGUGGCCGAGACCAUGAUAUUCAGUGAAAGCAAAUCAAAUGCAAAAUGACAAAGGAGG